AUGAAAUUUGGUGGUGUAGAGCGUUGGAUAUUGAAGCUUUAUCAGGUUUUGUGGCAUGUAAUGGGCCCUAGAGCACUGUUUCAUGCGCUUGCUGAAAGUGGGGUCAUAGCUGAACUUGACAUGUCCUGGACCAGUCUCAAGCUAUCGACAGAACUCGCUCCCCUGUUUAACAUACGCACCUUGAAGAAACUGAAUUUAAGUAAUAAUGCUCUUCCUUCUGCAUCAGCAAGAGUAAUAGGCAAAAAUCUCCACCUAUCACGAGGGUUAGAUUUAUUGGACCUCUCUUUCAAUCCGUUUACUCCAUCUGAUGCGCUGUUUUUACUCUCAAAAAUGAAAUUGUCUAAGGUCAGGGUAAAGGAGUUACGUCUUGAUAAUAUUCCAGUUAGUACGGAAUUUCCUGCUGAACUAAAAGAAAUACUAAAACUAAAAUUCCGAAGAAACACUGUUGUAACAUACGGUCAUGUUCUCCGCAACUAUAAUCUGCCUGAGAAGGACAUAAAGAUUAUCGUCAUGAAACGACUUGUGCGCAUUACACAUAGGAAAUCGAAGAACGCACUAGAUGUAUUAAUGUAUUUACUUGAAUAUAAUCGUACACAGAAAUACCUCGACUUGGCGGAAUUUAAUCGCUGCAUGAGGACGAAUGAAACUCCAUUGAAAGAUGAAUUUGUGGAACAAAUGUAUAGAUCCUUCCAAGGGAUAAAAAAUGAUGCGGGAGGUAAAUUUGCCAAUCUAGAUGUAAUGGUUGACUAUAUACAUCGGCUUUGGCCGGAUAAGAAACUGCCGCCAACACCACCACCAACGCCACCCUCGCCUCCUGGAACUCGACGUACAAAAAAGAAAUUACAUAAAGGAAAGAAAGUUAAAACCAAUGAGAACUAUCGUUUCUCUGUGAUUGACGGUAUUAAUGUAGUAUUAGGUUUUGUUUGUCCAAUCACUAUAACUGUGAAAAGUUUUAUGUCUAAUUUAUUUAAUACUAGCAAACCCCGGCGAACUCCGUUUCACCACCAGAUGGCUUCAUUUGUAACCAACGAAUGUAAAACCGUGGAAAUCGGUUCAUGCGAUCUGGAGUUAUAG